AGCUGGCAAUAUGGCAUGUCACUUUGAUUAACAGUUUGCAGAACACUCUAAACCUUUCUAUUCUUUUCUUCAAAAUGUGACACUUGCUUCAUCUUUCACGAAGCAUCCUCCACAACUAUAUAUAUACUCACACACCAUCCUCAAUUCUUCAUCAUCGAAUAAUCAACUUCACAUUCUCAACAACCAAAAACACAUUCACUCUUUUGCCAUUCUAUUACUAUGUCGAUAAUUCCAAGAGUCUUCGGUACAGGACGAAGAACCAAUGCAUUCGAUCCAUUCUCAUUAGAUUUAUGGGACCCAUUCCAGAACUUCCAACUCGCAAGAUCCGCCACCGGAACCACCAACGAGACGGCAGCUUUUGCCAACGCUCACAUUGACUGGAAGGAAACACCGGAGGCUCACGUGUUCAAGGCUGAUCUUCCCGGAGUGAAGAAGGAAGAAGUGAAAGUUGAAAUAGAAGAAGAUCGUGUGCUCAAGAUAAGCGGAGAGAGGAAAACUGAAAAGGAAGACAAGAACGACACCUGGCACCGUGUUGAGCGUAGUCAGGGGAGUUUCCUCCGCCGUUUCAGGUUGCCGGAAAAUGCUAAAGUUGAUCAGGUGAAGGCUGCUAUGGAAAACGGUGUUCUUACCGUUACUGUUCCUAAAGAGGAGGUUAAGAAGCCUGAAGCUAAGCCCAUUCAGAUUACAGGAUGAGCUCUUAUUCUUCCUAUAUUUUGAUGUUUGUGUCUCUUAAUAAAAUGUUAAAAUAAAACAAAUAAUAAUUGUGUGUAGUCGAGUUCCAGCUUUAAGAGAUUGAGACAUGUAUGGACUUGGCUAUUACUUAAGUGUAGUAGUUUGUGAGUAUUUUGUUCCCUUAUGUUAGUGUGUAUGCAAAUAACUUUUUUGAGUAUGUGAAAGUUUCUUUUGAUUAAGCUGUA